AUGACCGUGGGCACGAUCACCGAGGCGGUGGAGAUCUGCUGCCAUCCCAACAGCAUGCUGACCGACGAGUGCACCAAGAUCGGCCUCAGCAUGGAGAGGAUCAGCAUCGAGAACGGUUACAACCUCAGCACGAAGGCGGGGUUCGAGGCUGCUGGCAAGAAGCUGGACGAGGUGAUGCCGAAGCGGGCUUGGAUAUCGCUACCAUGCACGCUAUGGACUUCGCUCACGAAUUUCAACUACAAGACCCCAGAGGCACGUGCACGCCUAGAGAAAGACCGACUUCGAGACCGACGACGUGUGAAGUAUGGAGUUCUCCUGUUGCUAAAGAUUGUUGACAACGGAGGCGAGGUCUACUUCGAGUGGCCCCACAGGUGCCAAGGCUGGAAGAUUCCCGAGCUCAAUUUUCUUCGUAUGGAGUUGAGGCGUCGGGGCCGACACGUCUUCGAGGAUUGGAUCGACGGGUGCAUGUACGGCCUCAGGGACUACAACACCAACGAGCUCGUCGAAAAGGGCUGGAGGAUCCUGACCACCGACCCGGAGUUCUCCAAGGUCGCGACCGUGUGUGACCAUUCACACGGUCACCGAGUCAUCAACGGGAAGCAGCACACCGCAGCCACCGCCUACUACCCGCAGGCGAUGUGCAAGGCGAUCGCCCGGCUGUGGCAUGCUCAACUCCGGACACCGAUCGACCUCAACAUGGCCCUGGAGAACCCUGCUGUCCUAGACCUCGAGAAUACCUACCUGAUGGAGCGGGACACCGGGAGCAUCUACGUCGCUGAGCCCACGGAUCUCGAGAGGGAGCAGGUGCGCGCGAUGUUGAGCAGGAUCCACAAGGCUGCAGGCCACCCAGGGAACGAGCACUUGGCGUACUGGUGCAAGAAGCGGCAGUGUCCACGCUGGAUCAUCGAAGAAGCGAUCAACCUUCGCUGCGAGGCGUGCGACCUGGUCAAGCAUGGCCUCUCCCACAAGGUCAAGGCGAGCCUCGACAUCCCCAUGGCACCUUGGCAGGCAGCCGUCAUGGACGUUUCUGACCUGACGUUCCCGGACUUGAAUGUGAAGGCCCAGUUUCUCCUCAUCGCAGAGGUCGCCACCGGCCUGAUGUGCGGGGACAUCACUGCGAAGAUCGGCCUCAAGGACAAGGGCACCGAUUCGUCAGCUACGCUGUUCACGACGUUUGCCAGAGCCUACCUUCAACAUUAUCCAAAGCCAAGGUGGGUUUUCGUCGAUCCUCAGACCUCUUUUGUGGGCGGCGAGUUUAAAGACAACUGCCAGUUGGCCGGCAUCGGCGUCUCAGCGAAACCAGGAGGAGCACAUUGGAUGGCUGGCGACAUCGAGCGCCGCAUCUCGAUCGUCAAGCAGGUGAUGAGGAAGCUUCGCCUACAAUAUCCCAAGCUGAGUCCCGAGACCGUGUUUUACAUCUCGAUUGCGGCGGCCAACAACAUGGACAACAUCAAGGGCUACACGCCGAUGCAGUGGGCUUUCGGGUUUUCUCCGACCGAGGACCCUAUCUUGGCGCACAACGCAGCUACCGGCAAGUUGAAGUCCGACUUCUUCGAGAUCGAGCGGGUGCGAGCGGAUGCGGAGGCCACCUACCUGAAGGAGAAGGCGUCCAGGAAGAUCUCAGAGCUUAAGAACUCAGCCCCACGACCUCGACAUGAAUAUAAACGAGGCGACUGGGUCUGUGUCUGGCGGUCGUAUGCCGCGACAGGAAAACGAAAGCUCUCAGGACAGGACUUCUUCACGGACGGCUUGUUCAUCGGACCGGGUCGGGUCUUGUUCUCCGAGCCGGCGGUUCAGACCGGCAACAAGGACGGCGUGAUCUGGGUCAUCAUGGGCAACCGAUGCUGGCGCUGCGCAGCUGAGCAGCUGCGGCCAGCCACGCAGUCGGAGAUCGUCCAGAUCAACCUGAAGAAGGACGACAUCCUCAACAGUCCGCUCGAGGACGUCUGGAGGCACCUCCAGGACUUUGACGACAUAGCCGGGGAGCCCUACCCAACGGCAGAUGGCAUGAGGAUGCUACCGCGUCAACCUCUUGAAGGCAUGCCGAGGGUGAUCGAGAACCCCGAUGUGGCCGUGGAACCCCACGACGUCACGGAGGCAGAGGACGACCAGGAGGUAGACGAGGACAACUCAGCGGCGAGCGACCACGCGGAAGCCAGCGAGAUCGACAUUAUCAACUUCGUGCAGAAUCCGAAUAACGAGUCCGAGAUGGACCUGAUGAAGAUCGAGAUCGAGGCCGACCUUGAGGAGUUCUGCUUCGAUGCGAGCGCGUACUUGGAGAAGCAGCUGAACCGCGUGGCCAACAACAACACGGUCAAGAAGGGCGUGGAGGUUUCGUUUGGCCGCCUGAGCCCCGAAGACAAGCCACUGUUCCAAGAGGCAAUGGCACGGGAGCUGGCGGAACAUCUGGAAGUACCGACAGUCUGGGCUGCAUCUGCUUACGCUGACUACAAUCAUGGAAAAGAUAUCCCAGCUGACAAGCUGAUCAAGAUGAGGUGGCUACUGACCUGGAAGCCUCUGACGCCACCUGAACCGCCGGACAAGUCGGACCCACACCCCGUGAGCACGCCGGACGGGAAGUUCAAGGCGAAGGCCCGUAUCAUUCUGUUGGGCUUUUCACAUCCGGACCUUGUCAGUCGAGACAAGUUCGGAGAUCGGGUACUUCCUACGGCGUCGCCAACAAUUUCAAGAAAAGGGAAGCUGGCACUCCUCCAGAUGGCUGCUUUUCACGGCUGGACCUUCGAGCUAGCCGACGCGAAGUCUGCCUUCCUGCAGGCCGGGCACACUGAGGAGUGGAGGAAGCUCUAUACCAAGGGCGUGAAGGAGCUUCGGCAGGCCUUGCAGAUCAGCGAAGAGGAGUCCAUGCGAGUCCUGGCGGCGAUCUACGGGAUCACGAAUGCGCCGUGGGUCUUCUGGAAGUAUGUGGACCACAAGAUCCACGAGGCAGGAGGCAAGAGUGUCCUCAUCGAGCCGUGCAUCUGGAUCAUUCAGGAUCAGGACGGCACCGUGUGCGGGGUCAUCGGCUCGCACGUGGACGACUUCGGCAUCGCGGGCGACAGCGACAACAAGUUCUACCUCGACAUGAAGAACAUGCUGAAGGAGAUGCUGCGGUGGUCUCCAUGGCGAAGCACGCCGUGCAUGUGGGCAGGCAUGUGGAUCACACAGGAGCCGUCGGGUAAGAUCCAUGCCAGCCAGGAGGAGUUCUGUCACCAGCUCCUCGAGAUCAGGGUCGAGUCCGGCAAGUAUCUCUCGAAGGAUGACAAGCUCAAGCCGGAGGACGUCACCCAGUUCAGGGCGGGCCUGAUGAAAUGCCAGUGGAGAGCGACACAGACAGCACCGCAGUUCUCGUGCCGGGUGUCACUGUUGGCUCAGCGGGUGAACGAGGCGACGUUCGGGGACCUGAAGGACACGAACGCCCUCAUACGCGAUGUGAAGCGGACAGCUCGUGACUCUUUGGUGUUCCACAACUUCAACAGUAACUGCGGCGGUAAGCUGAAGUGGGACGACCUAGUGAUUGUGACGUGGGUCGACGCAAGCAGGCUACUCCAACGAGGCGGCUACAUCGUGGGUUUCACGACGGCCGAGAUUCUCAAGCAGAAGGAAUGUGCAGUCUCUAUCGCCGACUGGAGAUCGUACAAGCUCAAGCGCACCGGCAUCGGCACCAAUGGCUGCGAGGGCCAGGCUCUGUACGACGGAGAGAACGCCGCGUACUUAAUGCGCUUGCUGUGGUCAGUCAUGCACGGAGUUCCAGUUACCGCGCACACCCAGGAGGAAGUGGCGCAAUCUAUGACCUCAGUGCUGGUGAUCGACAGUCGGGGAGUUUACGACUCGGUUCACAACAAGGAGAGCUUCGGCAUAGGCCUGAGCGACGCGAGGACCGGCGUGGAGGUGUUGCACGUGAAGGCGAACUGCGGGCCCGAGAAGAAUCAGCACCUGGUCUGGGUGCCCUCGGACCUCAACCUCACCGACGGCCUCACGAAGGACAGUCCUGAGGCUAGGAAGCCUCUGGCGCUAUGGCUUGCACGGCGCACCUGGAUCAUCAGGUACGACGAGGAUUUCAUGUCAGCCAGGAAACGACAGCGAGCUAACAAACUCGCUCAGGACAAGCCGCAGCCGACUACUGACGCUGAAGCCGAGGCCGCCGACGCUUUAGCUUUUCUCGACCUAUCUUGA